AUGGUAGGCGUUUUUCGACGCUCCCUUUCAUUCCCUAACAAAAAUCCCAAGCGUCCAUCGACGGCUGAGCCACCCAUCUCUCAUCACAUCAGGUCCAUCAGUCUUCCGUGCAGAUCUCACCCCUUGAUCUCCCAGCUCAAGGAUGGGAUCAGCGAGCUCCAAUCCUGGGCUUCCAACCCUGACGCCCGAACUUCGGCUUGGCUGUGCGACGGCUUGAGCCGUCUCAAAAACGUCCACGACUACCUCGACGACAUUCUUCAACUCCCUCAGACCCAAGAAACGCUACGACAACGGUGUCAGCCCCUGUGGGUGGAGAACCUCCUAGAGGAUUUUCUUCGUUUCGUUGACGUAUACGGGAUCUUCCAAACAUUGGUUUUGGGAUGGAAAGAUGAGCAGUCGGCGGCGCAGGUGGCUAUGAGAAAGAGAGACGAGAAGAGGGUUGUUUUGUACGUGAAAGCUCGGAAGCAAAUGGCUAAGGAAAUGGGAAAGCUCGUGUCCGCCGUGCGAUGCGUCGGUGUUCCAGGACCGGAGCCUAUUGUUCCGGUUGGUGACGCCGAGUUGGUGGCUGUUAUUGGAGAUGCCAUUGAAGUGACUGUGUUGGUUUCGAUAGAGCUUUUUAAUGGAAUUGCGGCUUCGUUUGCGCCGAGGAAAUCUUCGUGGAUGGGGCUACGGUUGUCGAAGAAGGCAAAGAAAGUGAAGGCGGAGGAGGGUAUUCAAGAAUUUCAACAGGUUGGGGUGGAGAGCUUGUGGGGUUUGAGAAAGCAGGCAGAUGAGGAGGUGAGGAUGGGUUUGAAGAAAAUGCAGGAUUUGGAGGGCUGUAUUGGUGGUAUUGAAAAUGGUAGUGAGAGAGUGUUUAGGAGUUUGAUCAACGCAAGGGUUUCACUACUAAACACUCUCACACUAUAA